AUGUCCGCUCUCCAGGUAGCAAAUGCCAUUGAGAUCGCCUGGAAUCCGUCCUCCGACCAAGCCCUAAAGUCACAAGCCUUUGACUACCUCAACCAACUCCGCUCCGAUCCCUCCGGAUGGCCCGUCUGCCUCAGCCUCUUCACCAAGUCCCCUCCACAGCCCGAGAUCGUGCGACAUGCGAGCUUGGAAAUUGUCAAUAGCGCUGCACAGACAGGGUUAAUCGAUCUGCCCUCGUUGGUCGUCGUGCGAGAUGGAUUGAUGAACUACCUCCGCAAUGUCUAUGGCCCCGACGGCACCGCCCAGCCCGAUGCACCUUACAUUCAGAACAAAAUUGCACAGACCAUCACUUUUCUCUUUUCCGCACUCUACGCCAAUGGCUGGGAGAGCUGUUUCGAUGACCUUCUCAGCCUCACCUAUAAGAGCUCCGCGAGCUCGUCCCGCGACAACGCACUCGGAAUCGUCUUUUACUUGCGUGUGGUGAAUUCGAUCCACGAGGAGAUCGGCGAUGUUUUGGUCUCGAGAUCGCGUGGAGAGCAGGACAAGGCGAACAGUCUGAAGGAUUUGAUCCGAGAACGGGACAUGCAGAAGAUUGCCAGCUCGUGGCAGGAGAUUUUGUCGGCAUGGCGGGAUGCCGAUGACACAGUGGUCGAGAUGUGCUUGAAGGCCGUGGGCAGCUGGGUCAGCUGGAUUGACAUUGGGCUGGUCGUGAAUCAGACAAUGUUGGACCUUCUCUUCCAGCAGCUGGGCCGGGCGGAGAAGCAGGAAUUGCGCGAGGGUGAGCAGCGGGUUCGGGAUGCUGCCGUGGAUGUCUUUACCGAGAUCAUUGGCAAGAAGAUGAAGCCUGCCGACAAGAUCGAAAUGAUCAUCUUCCUCAACCUCGACUCGAUCGUCACUCAGCUUUCUAACAGCCCCCCGUUACGCGAGAACCGAUUUACCUUCAAGUACGAUACCGAUCUGGCCGAAACUGUCGCUAAGCUUGUGAAUAUUACCGUGAUGGAUAUUGUGCGGGUCCUCGAGACCGACUCUGGCGCUGUGAAGGACAAGGCGAACGAUCUUCUUCAGGUUUUCCUGCCUCACAUUUUGCGAUUCUUCUCCGAUGAAUACGACGAAGUCUGCUCGACUGUGAUUCCCUGUGUCAACGACAUGCUCACCUACAUCCGAAAGGUUUCCAAGGCCGACCCUUCUUUGGAAGCUCGCAACAAGGCCAUUCUCCUCCCAAUCUUGAAGGCGAUCGUUGCGAAAAUGCGGUACGAUGAAACCUCCAACUGGGGCGACGAGGAUGAACAGACCGACGAGGCAGAGUUCCAGGAGUUGCGUAAGCGGCUGGGUGUUCUGCAGCAGAUUAUUGCCUCUGCCGACGAGCAGCUAUACAUUGAUGCCAUCUCGGAAGUGGUGGGAACGACAUUCGAAAACUUGCGUGCCUCUGGCGGCCAGAUUGAUUGGCGUGACCUGGAUCUGGCUCUUCAUGAGAUGUUCUUGUUUGGUGACCUGGCUGUCAAGGCUGGUGGUUUGUACGCAAAGGGCGCACCUACUGGCCCUGCUGCCAUGCGCCUCAUUGAGAUGAUGCUUGGAAUGGUCGAGUCUGACAUCCGAUCAUUCACCCACCCUGCCACACAACUCCAAUACAUGGAGAUUUGCGUUCGUUACAGCUCGUUCUUCCAGCACCAUGCACAGCUCAUCCCCGGCGUUCUGGAAAGCUUCCUCCAGCUUGUCCACCAUACGAACCGCAAAGUGAAGACUCGCUCAUGGUACCUCUUCCAACGGUUAGUGAAGCAGCUACGGGGCUUCAUUGGCAACGUGGCACAAACCGUUGUCGAGGCUUUGGGCGAUCUCUUGGUCAUCCAAGCCGAGCUUCCGUCUGAAGGCGAAGAUGGCGAUGAAAUGUCGUCCGAGGAUCAUGAGGGCUCCGCAGAUGCCGUUUUCAAUAGCCAACUCUACCUCUUCGAGGCUGUCGGCGUCAUCUGCUCGACCAACAGCGUGCCUGUGGAUAAGCAGGUUCUCUACAUUCAGUCGGUUGUGAACCCCAUUUUCGCCGAUAUGGAGCGCAAUCUUGCAGCUGCCAAGUCCAACGAUGAACGGGCCUUGUUGCAGAUCCACCACGAUAUCAUGGCCUUGGGAACUCUUGCUCCUACCACCAACCCCCCAGGCAGUUUGCCUGCGCCCGAAGUCUCCGAGUGUUUCUGUCAAGUGGCAGAGGCAACCUUGGUCUCCCUGGAGUCUCUCAAAACCUCGUUCAAUAUCCGGACUGCCGCUCGCUUUGCCUUCUCCCGGCUGAUCGGCGUUCUGGGUGCCCGCAUCUUGCCCCAGCUUCCUCGUUGGAUCGAUGGCCUCCUGACCCAGACCUCUUCGCGAGAUGAGAUGGCCCUUUUCCUGCGUCUUUUGGACCAGGUCAUCUUCGGAUUCAAGAGCGAGAUCUACAGCAUUCUUGAUACUCUUUUGACUCCCUUCCUGCAGCGCGUCUUUUCAAGCAUCGCGGAUCCUACUACGGGUACCGACGAUGAGAUUCAGCUUGCUGAACUCAAGCGUGAAUACCUGAACUUCCUGCUCGCCGUGUUGAACAAUGACCUUGGAGCUGUGAUAAUUAGCGAGAGAAACCAACCCAUUUUCGAAACCGUCAUUACCACCAUCGAGCACUUUGCCAAGGACAUUGACGACUUUACCACCGCCAAGAUGGCCUUCUCCGUUCUUUCUAGGAUGGGUAGCGCCUGGGGUGGUCCCGAUAUUGCUCCCGGAGCUACCAAUGGUGCCGCAUCCACUCAAACGGCACUUCCUGGAUUCGGCGGAUUCAUGAUCAGCCGUCUCUCGCCCCUGUGCUGGGCCCUCCCUACCACUCCAUCCUUCAACUCUAAAGAUGCUCUUGCUAAGCAAGUUCUUGCCGAAGCGGGUGCACUGCAGCGCACAAUCUACCUUAAGACGGGUAUGGAAUAUGUUCAAUACUUGCGGACUCAGGAGCUGCCCGGCAUGGGCAUGGGCGGUGACCUGAUUGAAGAAUUCUUGACGGCACUCAGCCAGCUGGACAUGAAGGGGUUCCGGCAAUUCUUCCCAUCAUUCAUCCAGCGAUUGAGCGCAUAA